CCAUUUCUUCUUCCAUGGCUGUUUCCUUGUUCUCUCAGCUGCAUCUGCAUCCACUGCUUCAUGGUAACAACAAAAUCUCUUUGUCUCUGCAAUCUCAACAAAGGUUUCAUUCACCAUCCAAGGCUGUUAGUAUUAUUCAGUGUUGCUCGAGUUCUUCAAACCACAGCAUCAAGCUCAGAACUUGCAAGAACUGCAAAUCUCAAUUCGACCCUUCACUCAAUCACCCUCUUGCUUGUCGCUUUCACACUGCCCAUUUUGGUGGAGAAACUAAGAGGAAGUUUGAGAGUGUUUAUGAAGGGGGCACCAUGAACACUCCUGAUUCCGGCAAAGUUUUUCAGUAUUGGCAUUGCUGCGGAUCCGAAGAUCCCUUCCAUCCUGGCUGCACUUCUGCACCUCACUCCUCUUAUGAUGACUGAUGUUCAUCAAUGUCUCUUCUUCAACUCUUCAAUUAAAAUUCUUUUAGCUAAUAUACACUUAUCAUGACUCAAUGCUAGAAAGGAUUCAGGGACUAAUAUGGUGCCUGGAGUCGGAUCUCGGGGACCAGUAUAGUAAAUUUUGAAUCUGAACGACUAAAAUGGUAAAAGUCAUAAAUCUCAGAUACCACUAUGGGGAUUUAGUCUACUCAUCUUGUGUACAAAUGUUAUUGAUUCCUUGUGUAACAAUCUCAAAAAAUGCGAUUAUUUUUGUGUGCACAAUGAAUCUGUUAUUAGUCAAGAUAUUGAUGUAGUUAGUAAUCUGUUAUUGGAAUGUUAAACUGAUUCAUAUGCUAAUGCUAUCUGAUGCUAAUCAAUA